CUGAGACCACACUCUGUUGAUUUCAGCCUCCCACAAUCGCCUGGAAGGAGAAUCCUUCACAGCCUCCCGCCUUUGCUUCCGCAGCUUUCCCAACAAACCGGGGCAGGAUGGGAGUGUCUUCUUGGCUCUGGAAAUCAAUCCUCCUACCUUGUCCUGAAGCCACCCGCCUCCCUUUCCCGGCCCUCCCUUCGCAGUGAUUUUCUUGUCCGGGACUUCCAGCGAGAGGGAGCGGAUGGUGACCGCCCCGCCCUAAGCACGCACAAGUGAAGCAACAACACCACCCCUCAUCUUGGAUUAUGUCCAGCAUCAUGACCUCCACAUGUCAGCAGUAAGGCUCCUGAGGCAUUCCAUCCUCCUCCAACUCUCCUCACUACAUUCUGCAGAAAGAGAGGGCCUUCAGGAAACACUCUAAAAGCGCAGAAAUUGCAAAUGCUUCCAGCCUGACCUCACUUUGUGUACUCAGGUGUUUGGAUUGGGGUUGCUGGAGACAGAUUUAUUUACUAAUUCAUGUAUUUGAACCAUCGUGGAAGACUUUUGCAUAUUCAUCUCCUCUUGCUUUGGACCCUGAUUCAGGCAGGCCAGCCAUCAUGAAAGGGUACCUGGUGGCCAUAUUCCUGAGUUCCAUCUUCCUCUAUUAUGUGCUAUACUGUAUCCUGUGGGGAACAAACGGCAAUUGGUUCCCAACUGAAGAAACGAGGAGUAGAAACAAUGUCAAGAAUUGUUUUAAAAAGCCGGCUUUCAGUGAUCUUCUGAGGUUUCCUCAGGUUUACCCAUUUCUGUGUAAAUCUGAUUUUGUUAAGGUUGCUGCCACGACCGGUACCAAUAACUUUCUGUUGCCCUACGGAAUAAAGACCUACGAGCCACAUUUUACCUCGGCACUUUCAAAACUGCAGAGUUGUGAGCUCUUUGGCGAGUUUGACAACAGAGUGCCAUGUAAAAGGUGUGUGGUGGUUGGUAAUGGAGGAGUGCUGAAGAAUAAGACAUUAGGAGCAAAAAUCGACUCCUAUGAUGUAGUAAUAAGAAUGAAUAAUGGUCCUGUUUUAGGCCAUGAAGAGGAAGUUGGGAAAAAGACAACCUUCAGGCUUUUUUAUCCAGAGUCUGUCUUUUCAGAUCCCAGUCACUAUGAUCCCAAUACUACAGCGGUUCUCAUUGUCUUUAAGCCUCAGGACUUAAGGUGGCUGAUGGAGAUACUGAUAGGUAGAAAAAUAAAUACUGAGGGGUUUUGGAAGAAACCAGCUUUAAAAUUGAUCUAUAAACAAUCCCAAAUCAGAAUAUUAGAUCCAUUUAUCAUCAGAGAAGCAGCUUUUCAACUGCUUCGUUUUCCUAGAGUAUUUCCCAAAGAUCAGAAACCCAAACACCCUACAACUGGAAUCAUUGCCAUCACAAUGGCAUUUCACAUAUGCAGUGAAGUUCACCUCGCUGGUUUUAAGUACAACUUUUACGGACCAGACAGUCCUUUACACUACUAUGGGAAUGCCACCAUGUCUUUGAUGAAGAAGAAUGCGUAUCACAAUCUGACUGCAGAACAGCUCUUUUUAGAUGACAUUAUAAAGAAAAAAAUGGUGAUCAACUUGACUCAAAAUUGACCGUACAGAUCCGAAAGAUGACGCUAAACAGUGUUAGUUUUAUUUUUGUACCGCAAAUUUUAGUUUAUUUUUAAAUAUAUUGGAUGAACUUAUCAAAUUAUGUAUAUUAAGUCUGUUGCUGCCUGGUGAUUUGUAACCACCAGCUAAAUUUCUGUGAAUGUAUUUAUGAAAAACAAGAUUUUUAGUUAUCAGGGAAAUGUGUAACUCUUGAUUAUGUUGUUUUUAAACAUGAUCUUUUUAGUGUUCUGAGGCAUUUUAAAAUACCUUUUCAUAGUUCUUUCAUCUUAAAGAGUUAUAGGCAAUUUAGUUGACUUCACUCAUUUUUUGACACUCACAUAUCAUUUGCUUAUUAAGAUAGGUUUAUCCUGAGCAUGUGACUGGGAGCCAGGUGCAGAACACCAGAAUUGCCUGGUUGUGGAAGUCCAUGGUAGUUUAAUUAAGUUCCCUCUACAAUUAAUUAAACCAAUAAUAAUUUAAUAAUUUGCUCUUCAUAAAGAUAGCCUUGUCCAUGCUUGAAAAGCACACUCACCUAACGAGCAUCCUGAGACUUUGAUUUGGGGGUGCAGGUUCUUACCAUGUAGCCCGGGCUGGCCUCGAACUUUGUUCUCUUGCUUCAGCUUCUCAAGUUCUGGGAUUAUAGCUAUGUGCCAUUGCACCCUCCAGCAUCAUUUUUUUAAAUUAAAAAGUUUUUUUAGGUAGGGUCUAUGUAGCUCUGGAUGGCCUAGAAACCACAAUGUAGUCCAGGCUGAACUUGAACUCAGAGGUGAGCUUACCUGUGGGAUGAAGGGUGUCAGUGUAACUGUUCAAAAAAAAAAAAAACUUAAAUGUUUAUAUGAAAAAAAUUUGAAGAGUAAAACAAGUAAAACCUUAA